GCCCUGCCAGCAGUGACCCCUGUCCUCUGCCCUGCCAGCAGUGACCCCGUCCUCUGCCCUGCCAGCAGUGACCCCGUCCUCUCCUCUGCCAGCAGUGACCCCUGUCCUCUGCCAGCAGUGACCCCUGUCCUCUGCCCUGCCAGCAGUGACUCCUGUCCUCUGCCAGCGGUGACCCCUGUCCUCUGCCCUGCCAGCAGUGACUCCUGUCCUCUGCCAGCGGUGACCCCUGUCCUCUCCUCUGCCAGCAGUGACCCCUGUCCUCUGCCCUGCCAGCAGUUACACCUGUACACAGCCCUACAAACUAAUGACCCCUGUACACAGCCCUACAAACUAAUGACCCCUGUACACAGGCCUACAAACUAAUGACCCCUGUACACAGGCCUACAAACUAAUGACCCCUGUACACAGCCCUACAAACUAAUGACCCCUGUGCACUGCCUUACUAGCUGCUGACCCCCUGUGCACUUUCCUGUUGACCUCCCAUCCUCUGCUCCCCCUGACAUUUUUUUACUGCCCCCCCCCCCCCCACACACACACACACACACACACACAUCAGACAGGCUAGAUCCGGCCCUGCCUACAGGGCAGGUAACAAUAUCAUG